GUAAACCUCAGUAUAAAUAUUUAAGAAUAUCAACAAACCGCUACUGUAGUGAAAUAGCGUAUUAAAUAUACUAAUUGGAAAUAUUUGAUAACAAGGUGCAUUUUGAAUAAAGUUUGUCGUAUACCAGGACAUACAAAGACUUUUUAUUCAUAGAAAUAAAACCGUAUAUAAAGACACUUGCGCACCAAUGAUUUUGGAAUAUUCAUAAAACGAAUUUCGUUUACUAAAUAAUCAUAUAAUAAAGAACCUAUGAUAAUAAUUGAUAUGUAUAAUUUAGACCACACUUUGGAAGUAAUAGUUUAAUGAUAAUUUAAAGGUAAGCCUUUAAAAUUCCACUUUAAUGUCAUGAUUUAUGGAAAUUAUAUUAACUCUGAGACAACGCGUCAAAUGCUUGAAAGAUGUCCAAAGAUCUGCAGGACGAGUGUAAAGGUGUAGAAACUAAUGGAUGCAUAUCACGCCAGAAAAGCGAAAUAGUCGCGCCGAGGACUAGCAGCGCCGAAGGGACGGGAAAAGUGCACGUGCGAGAAGUGACGUUUGACGAUCUGUUUAGACAGAAGUUUAUUCCACUGGACUCCAGAAAGAAAGUUGGGAAUUAUGUUAUUGGGAAAAUCAUUGGAGAAGGGACUUUCUCAAAAGUACGAGAAGCUCGACAUGUUACAAACAGUGAAAAGCGAGCUGUCAAAGUUUUGCCAAAGAAAACUAUCUUGAAGCGUCCAGAUGUUCGUCGAAGAUUCAUGCGCGAAGUGAAAUCUUUACGAAAGAUCACACAUAGAAAUAUAGUUCACAUUCAUGAAGUUAUGGAAACUGCCGGAAACUAUUACAUCGUCAUGGAUUUACUAAAGGGCGAUAACUUUAAGGAAUAUCUUAACAAAAGGAAGAGGCUGGUAGAAGAUGAAGCGAAACAUUUCAUGUAUCAAGUAGUAGACGCUGUUCAUUAUAUGCAUUCUCGGGGCAUUGUACAUAGGGAUAUGAAGCCAGAAAAUAUUAUUUUAAAUGGAGAUCUCAUAAAAAUAGUUGAUUUCGGACUGUGUGCCUGUAUAAAAGAAGGUGAUAUUAUGACAACACAAUGUGGUUCUCCUGCUUAUGCUGCCCCUGAGAUCUUCAGUAAAGAGCCAUAUACGAAGCUAGUAGAUGUAUGGAGCAUAGGAGUGAUUUUGUUCCUAGCGGUGACUGGAUGUAUGCCGUUUAAUAUAGCAGGAAAAUCCUCUACGCAAGUCUACACAAUGUUCCUGAAAGGCUUCGAGAUACCCAACACUUUACAGCUGUCAGAAGCAUGUGAAACACUGAUAUCGCAGAUGCUGACGGUUAAUCCAGAUUAUCGUAUAUUGACUAGCGACAUUCUACUGCAUCCAUGGUUUAAAAAAAACACAGGAAGAAGUCAGCCGAUGACGACAAUUUGACAUUUAAAAUACAGUAGACUGUUUACACAAUUAUUUUUUCACAGUGCUUACUGUUGAUUAUUAUCUUACAGACAGAAAGUGCUAUGUUUUCAAAGGCACAAAAGAUACCUAUUUCGAAGAUCCUUAGAGUAUAAGAUCGUAAAUUCUGAAAAAUAUUCAGAUUUGGAGUUCGCUUCCAUGUUAAUUUAGUAAGCUCAAUAUAAUGGCAAAGCAUUUAUCCAUGGGGUUAAUUGCUUGUGUAAUGACGUGUGCAGAAUAAUUCUGCAUUAAUUAAUGUCUUUCAACUAAUAUAGAUAGAAGAAGUGCAUUAUCAGAUCACAGUAUCUUAUUGUUGUAAACCUGAAUACUAGUGCCAGGUUCGACGUAAUUGGUACAGUGAGGAUAAACUGUCAACUUCUGAAGAAGUAAACAAACAUAGGUUCUUCAAUAUGGAGGAUCUAGAGCAGCGUUUCUGACUUCCAACACGAACGACAUGGUGUUAUAGGUAGAUUUUCCAGCUCUGCUAAUUUUGAUAUUUCUUAUGACUUUGUUUUUACUUGUAGCUGCGAAGAUCCUGGCCUAUGCACAUAUAAACGACCUGGUCUCAUUCAUUUUACCAAUAUGAAAUAAAAAUAAAUAAAAUGUA